AUGGUCGAGGAGCAGUAUGGGAGGGAGAAACUGGUUGCGAGGUUUAAUCCAGAGUUGGAUAUAAACUUCGAAACCAGUGGUGUUCCCCCUCCCAUUCUUUCCGGUCGGGAGUCACUGUUUACAGCUACUCCGUCUGCUGAGGCCACGAGUCCCUCUGAGGCCGAGACGAGGGGAGGUGCUGAUGCUAGCGGAGGGGAGUCGACCGUGGACCCUGACACAGCUGCCGAGGAGGAGGCGGACGACCAUGCCGAUGCCUAA